AUAAAAUUUACAGCAACGAGAUUCUUGUCCAAAUUGGCUAGGAAUAGCGUUAGUUCCGUGUGGUGCUGAUAGGUUCCGAUAGAUGUUAUUAUGAUAUAGAUUAUUGGUAGAGUGUGCAUGGUUAAUUCGAAUAUAUCAUAGAAAAGUAACCACUUCUUCGGCCAGUCAUCGUUCCGCCAUAGUCCGACACAGAUUUUAAAGACUCAGUUAUAUUAAACCAGUGAUUUUUCAAAAAUGGAGCCUACCUCACCAUGGAAGAAACCAAAUGAGGUGAUGCAGUUACACAAGAUGAAAAGGCGGAAAAAAGCGUUACAGGAACGCAUGAGACAACCAUUACCCUCCACCAGUGAAGAAACAAAAGAGGGCAGAACUGAAAUAGACUUAAAUUUCUCCCGGCUCAUAAAUGGUGAUAAAAGAAAAAAUCCAUUUUCUAAAAAUAAUUCAAAAGACAAAAAGAUGAAAUUAGAAAGAGAAUCCCCUCAAGACGAAUCAAAUGACAGAACAUUGUUUGCUAUACUGAAUUUACCAGCAAAGGUGGAAAAACCAGUGCAAGAUUUGGACACAGAGAAAUUGUCCACAUUCUCCAACUUGUUACAGAAGUUCACAGCAGAACAUUCUGUGGAGCCGGAAAUCACAGAGAAGAAAUACAAGCAUUUACCCAUUGACUGGGCAUUAAAAACCAAAGUUAGAUUAAUGUCUCCUAAACCCUUUGCCUGGACUGCAAAGCUGAAAGCCAGUGAAGAGGCCUCAGGAACCACAGGUUUCGUUCGUUGUCUUGACACUACCUCAUCCCCAACCCUGGACACGUCUCCUCGGGCGUUAUUUCACCAGACAUGCCUGUACUGGCAACACCCACACCUCCCCUGGCUGGACUUAUAUCCGAGGUCGUCGGGGAAGGUGGCUGCGACUAGCUUCAUGGCGACCAAUGAGGAAGUGAAGCAGGCUUUGCUUAGGGAGUGGACAGAGAGUUUUAGGUCUCUGUUUCAGUUAUUACGCGCACUACACUGCCCGUACUUCUACGUGUGCGCGAACACGUUCACGUGCCUGUUCCGCGCGGCCGGCCUGUGCGGGGACUCGCAGCCCUGCGCGCUCGUCGCGCCCACCACCAGGGGCUUCCGGCAGACUCUCAGGCAGGAAGACGUGGAAUUCACAAUGCCCUUACGGCCAGACAAUAAAAAAAAACUGAACACGUCGGAGGAGGAACGCAGGAACUCUUCCUUCGACAGUUGCUACGAUACAAUGGAUGAAAAGACGCAGGACAAAGAGAACGAGGGUUCUGGAGACGAGGACCCCGACCAGUUUCUGUCGCAGCUCGGACUGGAGACAGACCUUUUGAAGAAGAUCAAUAAUACACAGGCGCGCAUAACCCACAACGCGGAGAGCAGCGUGGACAGCGCCGCGGAGUCGCUGGUCCUCGUGCGGGGGGCGGACGCUCAGGCGUUCUUCAACUUCCUGCUCAACUGCAAGUCUCUAGUGAGCCCCACCGGCCCCACGGCGGGGGUGCCGCCCACGCUGCUCGCGCCCACCGCCUUCCACGGCGGCACGCUGCAGUCGCUCAAGGUCCGUGAAAACACACUACAUUGCGACAACAAGAAAUACUACUCCAUAGAAAUGCGCGGGCCAAUCCUGCCCACCGCCGUACACACGCUAUUCGACGUGCUGCGAACUAGUUCUUCUGCGCAAUUCAGUGCUACGUUCGCCCACCAUCAGCCCACCUUGGCCUUCUCGUGGGCUGCUCAAGGAAUUUCUGAAGAUGAAUCAUCGAAAGACAAAGAGCCGAACCUGUUCAGCAAGGCCUUCAACAAGGAGAACCUCUCGGACUGCGGCAUCAGCGAGACCAUGCUGCAGCACUUCUGUUCCCCGGACCCCAGUCUAGUCAAAUCCCUCGAUAGUGUCAAGUACAAUCCGGAAGACGACACUUACACGUGGUGAUUUCUGUUGUAGCGGUCUUUUUAUUUGAUGUAUGACAACGUGUAUAUAUUAUUAUGUAGGAAACAUAAGUGUAGGAUAGUGUCUCCUGACAUUGUCCCGGUUGAGUCCUUUCUGAGGAGACCGGAAUCCGCCUUUUAUCAUAAUUAAGAAAAGUCAGGAAAUUACGCAGAUAACUUCCAUCUGACUUUCUGGCAAGCUAAGUUAUGAAUUCAUAUAUUUAGGAAAUAAUAGCAUAUCUUUUAUUACCUAAUUAGUUAUCUAAAUAGUUGUCAUUCAUCAAAUAAACAGAUGGAUAAUCUUAUUUAUAAGUGUUUGUUUUCAAUUAUUGAGAUCAUGAAUUAAACUAUGUUUUUAAAUAA